AUGCCGUCGGAUCGCAUCGGCGGUAUUUCACCGCUCACAGCUUUCACGGGUCUACCGGGUACUUCUCAGCUCCGUGCCGUUGUUGGCCCUACCUCCGUCCCCUCUAUCGAUGAGGCUACGUUGCAGCGCCACCGACAGCAGACCCUGGUGGCGACUCGUAACGCUUUGGAUACCAUCCACCGAGCGGCUACCGCGACAAGCGACAAGCGCAAUACUCAGCAUCGCCAGCGCCGGGCACAACAGCAACACGUCUCGCUUCCACGCUUCGAGAUUGGCGACUUCGUUCUCGCGGCUGGUGUUCUUUCUCGCCGUAAUAAGCUUGCCCUCAACUGGAGCGGUCCCAAGCGCGUGGUGGCCUCGCUGAACGAUUUUACCUUCGAAGUUCAAGACCUGACGGCCCUGUUUUACAUCACCGUGCAUCACGCCUCUCGCUUGCAGUUUUACCGUGAUUCUCAACGCGGCGUCACGCAGGAUUUGCUUGACCACGUCCAUUAUGCUACUGGAGGCCACUUAGUGGACAAAUUGCUGGAAGUUCGUCAUGGACCCGACGAUUACGAGAUCAAGGUCCAGUGGAUCGGUCUCGACCCGCUCGAAGCAUCAUGGGAACCCGCUACCGUUAUCCUGGAGGACGUCCCGAAGCUGGACAUGUGGGCUGCAAUCGGCGAUGGUCCCCUGCCUACCCCCAAGACCACCGGUAAAUCCCAUGUUACGAACCGCACAACUAGCUGGGGGAAGUGA